AUGAUCAACCCAAAGACCCUCGCCUCGGAGCGCCUGGCUGGCGCGAAACGCCCGCCGGGAAGGGGGCUUCCGCGCAGGCCUUGUGUGUCGGCCGCUUUUCGACGUUCUCCACAGCCAAGCGUUCGGCCGGCCUGUGACGAGUACGACAGCACCGAGCAUCACCAGAACUCUGCUAUAAUGUCAUCGAACAAGACUUUCCGCGUCAAACGAUGCCUUGCUAAGGCCCAGGUUCAAAACAGGCCUAUCCCUCAAUGGUGCCGAUUGAAAACCGAUGCUAAAAUCACCUACAACGCCAAGCGCAGACACUGGCGUCGAACGAAACUCAACCUCUAAACUCUUCACUCGUCCCCAAUUCCUCUCAGCCGUUUCAAGUUAGAAUGUUGUAGAGAAAUGAAGUCGAUUGUUGAUCACCUUGGUUCAUCUGCGGGGGGUUCCUC